CCAUAGGUGGCUGCGUUUCCGACUUCGCCCUGGCUCCACUCCGGGGGCUUGACGUGCAAACUUCGCCGGAGCGAGCAGAGAGGGAGGGACCGGCGAGGGGGAGGAGGCGACAGGAGGCGCCUCCGCUUAAGGGAGCCGGCCGGGCGCCGCCGCUCGGACGGACGCGCGGACGGAAGGAAGGAACGGGGCUGCGGGCCGGCCGGCCGGGCCGGGAUGCGAGCGGCCGCAGGGAGCGGAAAGAAUGUCGGAGCGGGCCGCGGAUGACGUCAGGGGGGAGCCGCGCCGCGCGGCGGGCGGAGCAGCGGCCGCCCGGCAGCAGCAGCAGCAGCCGCCACAGCCUCUGCAGCCCCAGCGGCAGCACCCGCCGCCGCGGCGCCCACGGCCGGAGGACGGCGGCUCCGGGGCCGCCACCACCUCGGCCGCCGCCAUGGCGACGGUGGGGGAGCGCAGGCCCCUGCCCAGUCCCGAAGCGAUGCUGGGACAGUCGUGGAAUCUGUGGGUGGAAGCUUCCAAACUUCCUGGGAAGGAUGGGACCGAAUUGGAUGAAAGUUUCAAGGAGUUUGGGAAAAACCGCGAAGUCAUGGGGCUCUGUCGGGAAGAUAUGCCAAUAUUUGGUCUCUGUCCGGCACAUGAUGAUUUCUACUUGGUGGUGUGUAACGACUGCAACCAAGUUGUCAAACCACAGGCAUUUCAAUCUCAUUAUGAAAGAAGACAUAGCUCAUCUAGCAAGCCAUCCUUGGCUGUUCCUCACCCUUCAGUAUUUUCCCUCUUCCCUUCUCUGUCCAAAAGCAAAGGCGGCAGUGCCAACAGCCGGCCUUCCGGUGCAGGCUCCCUUUGCACAGCCGCAUCAAGCUCCAAGUUACUCAAACUGCCCAAAGAGAAACUGCAGCUCAGGGGGAGCAUCAGACCCAUGCAUCCCACGCAGCAGACUAAAGUCCCCCACGGUAGAGUCAUGACGCCCUCUGUGAAGGUGGAAAAGAUGCAUCCGAAGAUGGAUGGUACACUACUGAAAUCCACAGUGGGGCCAGCCUGUCCUGCUGCUGUGAGCUCUGCAGUCAAGUCUGGCCUUAACUGCCCCUCAAUACCAAAGCCAACCUUGCCUUCACCUGGACAGAUUCUGAACGGCAAAGGGCUUCCUGCAACACCUACUCUGGAAAAGAAACCUGAAGACAGUUCUAAUAAUAGGAAGUUUUUAAAUAAGAGACUAUCAGAAAGAGAGUUUGAUCCUGACAUCCACUGUGGGGUCAUCGAUCUGGAAACCAAGAAGCCCUGCACCAGGUCUUUGACUUGCAAGACACAUUCCUUAACCCAACGGAGAGCUGUUCAGGGUAGAAGAAAACGAUUUGAUGUGUUAUUGGCCGAGCACAAAAACAAAGCCAGGGAAAAGGAAUUGAUUCGCCAUCCAGACUCUCAGCAACCACCACAUCCUCUCAGGGACCCGCAUCCCACCCCUCCUCGGAUGCUGCCACAGGAGCCACACCUUUCUUCAGAAUCGAAGCCUUUUGUAGCUAGUAAACCGAAACCUCAUACCCCUAGUCUUCCAAGGCCUCCAGGCUGCCCUGCUCAGCAAGGUGGGAGUACCCCCAUUGACCCUCCUCCAGGCCACGAGUCUCCACACCCUCCCUUGCCUGCCACUGAGCCAGUGUCUCGGUUAUCAAGUGAGGAGGGUGAAGGUGAUGACAAAGAGGAGUCUGUUGAAAAACUGGACUGUCAUUAUUCAGGUCACCAUCCUCAGCCAGCUUCGUUUUGCACAUUUGGGAGCCGGCAGAUUGGAAGAGGUUAUUACGUGUUUGACUCCAGGUGGAAUCGCCUUCGCUGUGCCCUUAACCUCAUGGUAGAAAAGCAUUUGAAUGCACAGCUAUGGAAGAAAAUCCCACCAGUGCCCUGUACUACAUCACCCGUUUCUACCCGUGUUCCUCACCGGACAAAUUCUGUGCCCACAUCACAAGGUGGGAUCAGCUACUUUGCAGCAACCACUGUCUCUACAUCCCCAGUUAUGCUGUCGUCCGCCUGCAUCUCCCCAAAUAGCAAAUCAGUGCCAGCUCAUGGAACCACUCUAAAUGCACAGCCUGCUGCUUCUGGGGCAAUGGAUCCCGUGUGCAGUAUGCAAUCCAGACAAGUAUCGGCUUCAUCCUCAUCCCCCUCCACACCCUCUGGCCUCUCUUCAGUCCCCUCCUCACCUCUGUCCAGAAAGCCUCAGAAAUUGAAGCCUAGCAAGUCUGUAAGGCCCAAGGAAUCUUCUGGUAACAGCAGUAACUGUCACAAUGCCAGUAGCAGUACCGGUGGUGGCUCAGGAAAGAAACGCAAAAGCAAUUCCCCACUGCUGGUUCGUUCUUCCUCCUCCUCGUCACCCUCCUCCUCAUCACCCUCCUCCUCUCAUUCCGUGGACUCUUUUAGGAAAAACUGUGUGGCUCACUCUGGGACUCCAUACCUGUCAACGGCAACAUCUUCCCAUAGCCUCGGCCUCAACUGUGUGACAAAGCAAGCACACUCGGUGAGCCUGCGGCAUGAGCAGGCAGGGAGGGGCCCUCCUGGUGUGAGCCCUGUGGAGCCCAUCAAGAGGAUGAGUGUAAUGGUGAAUAGCAGCGACUCCACUCUUUCCCUUGGGCCAUUCGUUCAUCAGACCAGUGAAUUGCCUGUCACCUCACAGGGCACUUUUCCACACUCACACACUCCUCUAGACAAACUCAUAGGGAAGAAAAGAAAGUGCUCUGCAGGCUCUAGCAACGCCGGCAACAGUGGCAGCAGACCUACAAAGGUUGCCAAAUUGCCAGCCAUGAACAACGUCCACAUGAAACACACAGGCGCCAUCCCCGGGGCCCAAGGACUGACGAACAAUUCCCUCCUUCAUCAGCCAAAGGCACGUCCCUGACAGCUGACAAUACCACUGGAAGGAAUAAUGCAGAAAUUUUUGAAGACAAGUUACACCUCUACUCAGCACUCUGGACCCCACGAUGCCUUUGAGUCUCUGUGUAAACUCCUGUGGGCUCCAGGGUAACCUGUGGCUGUCUCCCAAGGAUUUCCUGAAGCUGUGUCUGUAGCAGUGAGUACCCAGAAAGGACACUGGAUCAAGUUCAGCCACCGGACUGCUUUAUCCCUGGUAAAGUGGUCUGGACUGCUUGCUACCAAUCUGUGAGAAGUUUUUGUUUGUGUUUUCUGUUUUUGUUUUUAACUUGCAGCAUAUCAUGGAGCCACUCUUGAAGUAGAUUGGCUGGGCAAAAGAAUGUUUUGGCAAGAGCGUUACUGUAGACUCUUCUUCCUCCUCCUU